AUGAGUAAACGUGGCAAUUAUCCAUACUUAUCAGCAGAUAUGUUCCCACAGAACCCCAACAUCACAACAUCUCUGCGGAUCACCAGCACAACAUCUCGAACGGGGUCAGUAGCAUCUCAUCAAUCAUCGUCAAUAUAUAUUCCAAGACCAACAAUCAAUUAUGGAUAUUCAUCAUCGUCAACUCUAGUGUCCAGAUUAAGAAAUAUCAAGGUUAUGGCGAAAAGGUUAUUCAAACCGAAAACUCUUGAUUUUGAAACGGCAAUUUGGGAAAUAUUUCAUUUGAUUGUUAACCCCAAGAAAAUGUAUCGAUCUCACUAUUAUUAUAAGCAACAACAACAUGAACAAUUGGGGAGUGGGAAUUCAUAUACCAGAGAUGAUCCUAGUUUUUUGAUUUUAUUGACGGGGUUUUUAUCCUUAAGUGCAAUUGCUUGGGGGUUGGCAUACCAACCUAGUUUUAAGGAAAUUAUAAAAUUGAUAGUGUACAUGGUCCUAGUUGAUUUUUAUCUAACUGGGAUUGUCAUAUCCACAGUAACAUGGAUAUUGGUUAACAGAUUGUUCAAUCCUGGUGCCCAAUUUAGCAGUUAUAGCGUCAAUUAUAUAUCAUGGGGGUUCUGUUUUGACAUUCACUGCAACUCAUUUUUGAUAAUUUGGUGUUUGUUAUAUGUGGUACAAUUCAUACUAUUACCUGUGAUUCGGAUAAAGCACUCGAUUUUUGCCUUGCUUGUGGGGAAUCUGUUAUAUUUUGGUAGUAUUGGCUAUUAUUUUGUUGUUUCCUUUUACGGAUACAAUUCAUUGCCUUUUAUUAGUGCAAAUUUUGGAAACUUCAGUUCGUUUAAUAGUGGCAUCAACAACAAUAAUAAGAAUAACCCGGCUCGAACAUUGCAAUUGGUUGUUGUGGCAGGAAUUUUACCAAUUCUAGCGUUGGGAUGGCUAGUUACACUACUUUUUAGAAUCAACGUGGCAGAUAGUAUGGUCGACAUUUACUUUAACUAA